AGAAGCACAACAUAUAUUUACCAAGCUACUGGGAUGCCUGGCAUACUACUAGGGGACAUAUUUCCUAAUUUCGAGGCCGAAACUACAAUUGGCACUAUAAAUUUACACGACUUUCUGGGAGAUCGAUGGGGAAUCCUAUUCUCGCACCCUCGGGAUUACACUCCAGUGUGUACUACAGAGCUUGGUCGUGCUGCCAAACUGAAUGAAGAAUUUAAAAAACGGGGUGUCAAAAUGAUUGCUUUGUCUGUCGACUGCGUGGAGGACCACCGUGAGUGGAUAAAGGACAUCAUAGCUUACAAUGAUGAGGAACCUGGGUACACAUUACCUUACCCCAUCAUCGCAGACCCCAAUCGGCACCUGGCCUCGGCUCUAGGUAUGCUGGACCCAGAUAUGAAAGACCAAGAAGGCAUGCCGGUCACUGCCCGAUGUGUGUUCAUCAUUGGUCCUGACAAGAAGCUGAAGCUCUCCAUCCUAUAUCCAGCCACAACUGGCCGCAACUUUGAUGAGAUCCUUAGAGUCAUCGAUUCCCUACAGCUGACAGCUACGAAACGGGUCGCCACACCAGUAGACUGGAAGCCUGGUGAUCAUGUCAUGGUUCCACCCAACAUUUCUGAAGAGGAGGCAAAAGAUCUUUUCCCGGCUGGUGUGUGCACAAGACAACUUCCUUCAGGGAAAAACUAUUUGCGGUACACACCACAGCCUUGACAAAAACUCCUGGGAGAGCACACCCGAUUUCAAGACCUACAGAACGAAAGGACAUGUCGCAGAUGCUGAAUGUAGAGAUGACACAAGCACAGCAGAGCCCAGCCACACAAACUACACUUGUUGGAGAAUUGGAAUUAAUGAGGCCUUUCAGUAAUGUCUCCUUUCUCAUUAAGUCUGGCUGCUUGUCUAUGCUAGAGAUGUUGAGAAGGAGAAACAGUCUUUAACAUAUUGUGCUUUUCCAAGUUAUCUGGUCUUCAAAUAAACACAUUUAUGAAACGUUA